GGGAAAGAAACUGCGUUGCGCAGUUUCUUUACCUUUCCAUUCUCCUCGGAUGAAGUUUAUCAACAAGGGCUAGCGGACCUACUUGCGCACAGUGCAUUGAGCGGCAAGACUGAUGCUGAGAGGGUCGAAACCAUCCUCCGAACGCAGCUAUUUUAUUUCAACAGAGUGGCGGGCCAAAACCUGACCGUAGAGGAUGUUCGAUCCCAUCAGAAUACUGUAAACUCCCAAAAUCUCACUGCGACCACGGAUUUAUCACCUCCUUCCUCGAACUCCAGAGACGGCGAAACUCGUUUGCUGACGUUCGCUGAGUUGACGAUGUUGAUAGAACAGGGAAAGACCGAUAACAUACCCAAUAACAAAGUCAUCCCUGAAAUGCUUAAUGACGCUCCUCCCAGCACUUCCAUAGCUUUGGUGCGGAAGAAACCAUGGGAAGUUGACAGUCAAUUCUGA